AUGCUGUGUACGAGGGUUCUCCUGCUCCUGCUGCUCCUCCUGCUCCUCCUCCUCUUCUUUCCCCUGCUCACCAUCCCUACCGCCUUGAUCGCCUUCGCGGUUAAGUCUGUCCAGCGAACAGCAGCUUACUUGCAAAACAUAUCGUCAGAGCAAGAGAAAUCUUGCCAAGAAAUAACAAGCAAAGUGAGAAGACAAGUGCCAGAGUGCUUGUUCAGAAAAGCAACCUACAUGAUCCGUGAGAGUCAGGACAAGCAGAUCCGAUCAUUGGUGGAGAAAUUACCUGCAAACCAUGCUAGACGUAUCAACGCAGGAAAUCCCCCAAUGACUUUCAUGAAUCGAGUCCUCGUCAAUUACAACCACUUAAGACGGGCAAUUUUCAAAGAGAUUGGGAUCUCGUCAAAUCUGAUGAUGCCUCGGUACGAGAAUGGAAGUCAGUCGUCAGCUUUUGCGUAUCUCAGUGACAACGUACAUUAUUCACAGCUGAGAGGACUCCCACAACUGUUUGUCUGCGAAGGAUCACAAGCUGUGAAUCAGGAUAAUGCAAAAUUCUUCAAAGAGUACGGAGAGGCUUUGAACAAGGAUAUUGCUUACUAUCAUGAACCGCUGUGGAAAAGAUAUGCCUGGGGACUUCUUCGACAAACCGAGCAAAAUGAUCGAGUGUCAAGAGUCCUAGGAAAACUUUCGGAACGAAAGGGCAGAAUCAACCUUGUCUUUGCAGUCUCGGAUUACUACUAG